AUGUGUUGGUUGUUGUCGACAGGUCAUGAUGCUCGGGCGUGGGCGAUGUACAUUGAUGAGAAGCGGAGCUGGUUCCUUCACAAUGGGGAGCACUUUGAACGCACUGAUGGCGGCAUCACUGUGGGCAGUGUGAUUGGUGUACGACUGGAUUGUGAACGUGGCACUCUUGCCUACUACCUUGACGAUGAGCCGCACGGUCCAAUUGCAUUCACUGGCCUGCCUGCGGGUGUAUAUUAUCCGGCAAUAAGUCUCAAUCGUGAUGUUCAAGUGACCCUACGAUCGGGUCUGGAGCCGCCGUCUUCGGAUAGUGAGGACAGUGAUGAGAAUACGUCGCCUUGUCCACCUCUCACCACCGCCUCUGUCACGGCUCCUGCUCUCGCUCUUGCUCGACCGCUCUCAGCAAAGUCCGCACCCUCGCAAUGA